AUGGAAGAUUUUGCUGAUGAAUUGAAAGUUGAUUUAGAACAAAUUAAUAAAUUACGAGAAUAUUGCGAGAGUUUAAUCACCGCUCGUAAAAAUCAUAAUCAGGUUGGUAUUUCUACUAAUGAACGUAAUAUUACUAAAAUUAAGCAAGAAAUAUUAAAUAAAGGAAUUGGUAUAAAAAAAGUUCAGAAACUUUAUAAGAAAUGUGAAAAAGUGGCAGAAAUUCGUAUUGAAUUAGGAAUUGAGUCGAGUCCGAUGGCACAGCAAAAAUCUCCAACUAACAUUAAUUAUUCUAGUGGUAGUAAAGAAACGGAAGAAAAAUUUAAGGAGAUUAGUAAGGCUUAUCAAAUUCUUUCUGACCUAGAAACACGAAAUCUUUAUGAUAUUUAUGGUGAAGACUUUGGGAGUAUGGGUUCUAGUAGUGGAUAUUCUUCUUCUACUGAUGAAAUAAGGCGAGAAUUUGCGGAAGCUGAGACAAAAAAGCAGGAACUAAAAAAACAGAUGCUAACUUUACAAAUGCAAAGUUUAAAAAAAAUUAGAAAUUUACCUUUUGAGGAAAUAGAUAGUUUUCGUGAGAAAAUGAUUAGUGCUAUUCAAGAAGUAGGAAAGAGAAAAAAAGAAGAACCGGUUGCGGAAGAUGUUUCUAUUAAGAACGAUGCUAUUGAAAGGAUAGAAAAUUUAUUGAAAAAGAGAAAUGUUAAAGCAGAAGAAUUGGAGAUAGAGAAUCGUGAUUAUAAAAAGGCAGUUAAUAAUUCUGGAAAAACAGUGGAAGAAAUUCUUGGUGUUGAAAUGAGAAUACAAGAUGACAUUGAUACGAAAGAGGAAACUAAAAAAAGAAAUCAAAAAAUAGGUUCGGGUCAGCAGGAAGUUAACGUUGAUGGAAAUAAGCGAUUACAAGUGUUAGCUAGUUUUCAAAGAGAAGAACAAACCAAAAAUCCUUCUCAAUUAAAUCAAUCUAGACUGGAAGAAACGGAAAGGAAAAUAAGGUUUUUGCAGUCUCAAUCUCCUCAAUCUCCUCAAUCUCCUCAAUCUCUUUCCACGAUUUUAAUAAUAGGGAUGCUAGAAAAAGUAAAUGAAUUAAUUGGUAAAAUUAACAAUCCUAAUUCUUCUCUUUGUGAAAAAUUAGGUAAGUACGUAAGAGAAGAUGAAGUCGAUGCCCUUUUAAACAAAUUAAUAACUACUUACACAGUAAAAACUAUUAACAAAAUUAGACACGAUGAUUUAUACAAUCAUUUAUCGGUUAUAUUUGAUAUUUUAAAAAGUUGCGAUUGUCGUAAUGAAUUAGUAAAUGAUUAUAACCAGUUAGUUUCUAAACAUAAUAGUGCAAGUUCACAACAAGUCCGAGUCCAAAUGGAAGUGGCUAGUUUAAGAACCCGAGCCGAAAACUACUUUUCGCAAUUAGUAGAAGUUCGGAAAAUGUUAGAAAAUAAAGAAAAAGAAGUAGUACGAAUAGAAAAUAAACUAGAUGAAAAACAGCAAAAAACGGAUAAUUUACUUAAUCGUCUAGCCGAAUUGAAAUUGGAAAGUAGCGAAAAAGUUAGUGAAUUAAAGCGAAAAGAUGAUGAAAUAAAAGCCUUGAAAAGGAAUUUAGGAGAUAGUCAAAAGGACUUUUUGAACGAAAAGUUAAAGUCUAAAAGAGAAAAAUUGGAAACUUUUGCUACUGAAAUAGGAAUAGAAUUACAGAAAACUCAGAACUUACGCAAAAGAUAUCGAGAAUUAAUUUCCUCCCAAGAGGAAAAUAGAGGCAAUGAUAUUGGCAUCGCCAAAGAAAAUAUUGAAGCAACCCGAGAAGGACUGCUUGAAAGAGGAAUAAAUAAUAGUAAGAUUCGAAAACUUUGUAAAAAGUGUAAGAAAACUGCUCAGUUGGAAGUAUGGAUAGAGAAAAUUCAGGAGCGAAGAAAAAAUAAAGAAGUUGGAGGAAGUUGUCUUGCGAAAGGAUAUACCGAAAGAGGACAAGGAAAAAUUAUUAAAGCAGAUCGAAGAGUUGAAAAAGACUUUUUGUUCCUUUUUGGUGCUAGGAGUUCUGGACAGUAUACGAACAUAAGGCAAAGUAAGAUAAGAGAAAACACUUUCCAAAAACAAACGGAAGACUACCUCGAACAAUUAAAACCAUACAAGAAUUUAAAUAAAAGAGCAAAAAUUAAAGCACCGACAAAAAUACCCUCGGAGUUUUUACCGGGCAAAGUCAAUGAAUUAAUCUCUAAUGAACUUUUAAUUAAUGAAAAACUGGUUCAAAUUUGGCUUUUUGGCAAAGUAGAUAAUGCCUUAAACAAAGAAAAACAAGCAAAUUUUCAAAAAAGGCAAAAAGUUAUCCAAGUAAUUGAUAUGGAAAAACUGCUUUUCUAUUCCCGCUUACACUCUGUCGGUCAUUUGCUAGAAGACGCCGUUAAGCAAAUUUUCCCUACUUUAAAAAUAGUUUUUGUUGGUAUUCCUGGUUCUGGGAAAUCAAGUAUUGUUAAGGAAUUAGCAAGUUUGUUAAAGGUUAAAUAUUUUGCUGAACCCGAAGAAGAAAAAUGA